UAUUCAUGCAGCACAAGGAAGAUUCAAAUUUAAAUGAAACUAUUGAUAGUUCAACUAAUCAAGAGUUUACCUACUUUGAUGAAAUUUUAACAUAUAUUGGUUUUAGUAAUUGAUGUCAAUAAUAACACUUUUUUAGGAAAAUAUUAAAUUUAUGUCUUUAUAAUAGUUGGUUUAAUUGGAAUGUGCGAUGGAGGAGAGACAUAGGCUAUAUCUAUAGUGUUUCCUAUUUUGGAAAAAGAAUGGGGAGUUAGUGAUUCCUAGAAAAGCCUCCUAGGAUCAUUAAUAUAUAUUGGUUAUUUUGUAGGAUCUCUAUUUUCAGGCAUAUUUGCUGAUAAAUAUGGAAGAAGAUCAUCUCUAAUAUUGUCAUCAGGAGUUAUGUUUGUUUGUGCUAUAAUUGGGGCUUUCAUGCCCAAUUUUAUUUCCUAUAUGAUAUUUGUAUUACUUAAAACUAUAGUAGAGAAUAUUCUUAGUUACUUGUGUUGGAUUUAUCAUCCCAGUUUCAUUUAGUAUGCUAGCUGAAAAUACGCCUUUGAAGAGUAGGGGAAUAGUGUUGGUUACAAUUGGAUUUUUUUAUACUGCAGGAGAGUAAGCAUAUAUCAAAAUAUGUAGACUAACUGUUUGUUUACUAACAUACAUAUUCAUGCCAAAUUUAGUUUCAGGAAAUUGGAGAGCAGUACUUUGCUGGGCUUCUGCUCCAGCUCUAUUAACAUUUCUGAUAUCAAAUUUUCUUUUAUUAGAAAGUCCAAGAUAUCAUUUGAUUAAAGGGAAUGUCACAGAAGCCUCUUAAGUGAUCUAGAAAAUAUUUUAAUUAAAUAACAAAAAGCCAGUCCUGAUACCCAUUAAUACAUAUCAAAAUAUUUCAUAAGAAUUAAUCAAACAAGAGAAAGAGGAAUAAGGAUUGUAGGAAGAUUUAAAAGAUAAAUCCUUUUUUGCCUCAUAUUUAAUCCAAUUUAGAAAACUUCUUAAAAACUAAUUUAUUAAAAUAACUUUAGUUGUUUGGUAUUAAUGGUUUGUAAAUACAUUUGUUUAUGCAGGAGUCACAUUUUUAUUACCACUAACAUUAUAAAAAUUAAACCCUGAUGAACCUCAAGACGAUGAUAUUGAAGAUAUUAAAGUUAUUACUUUGAGUUGUUUAGGUGAGAUACCUGUGAUAUUUGUUGCCAUGAUUAUUGUAAACAUCAGAAUUUUUGGAAGGAAGAAUUCUUUAUUCUUAUCUUACUUUGGAGUGGGUUUAGUUGGAUUAUUGAUUGCGAUAAUAGCAAAUGGUGGUUAUUUCUUUGCUUCAAUGAUUUUCUUUUUGAAAAUGUUUAUUAGUUUCUCAUUCACAGUAUCUUAUCAAUUUGUAAGUGAACUUUACCCAACCUAUAUGAGAGCUAGUGGAUUGGGAUUUGCAUCAUCAGUAGGAAGAUUAGGUAGUAUUAUUAUGCCAUGGAUUGUUGUCUAUAUAAAUGACAUAGGCACUUUUCUAUCAUAUGGAAUUUUUGGAAUUAUAUCUAUGGUAGCAGCUAUAGCAACUCUAUUAUUACCAUUUGAUACUUAUCAAAGAGAAUUAGAUAAAGUAGUAACAAAAUCAUGA